UAAAUAUGUCGGUUGAUACUAUAUGAGAUCUUAAUAAUAUUUAAGAAUAUUUAUAAAUACCACUCAACAUAUUCAGUGAAGCUCUUUUUUUAUUUUAUUCAGUGGUAUCAGAAUCAACCUUUGUUUUAAUGUACAUCCGCAUGCCAUAUACAUAUAUACAUACAUACAUACAUACAUACAUACAUAGAUGCAUCAUAUUUGCUCUGUCCUUCUUGAAACAAAUAUAAAUUGAUAUUUAAUUUAAAAAUAAGUAUUUUAUUUACCCACGACAGUAGAUGAUACGUUGCCAUUAUUGGAGGAGUGUUUGCUAAGAUAUAAUUAUCUUGUAUACUUGUAGAUCGGCUCUGUGGAACUUUUAAAUUCCGUUACGAGAGAGUCCAGGGUAAAAGUAAAAAAGUUCUUGUCUUUUGAGGUUACGUUGACUGACGUGAAAAGAUCGUCAUCUACUGCAAUAUUAAAAGAAUUCUUUACUAACGCACUAUGACAUCCAAAGUUACUUUUAAAAUAACCCUAACUUCGGAUCCCAAACUACCAUUUAAAGUACUGAGUGUACCAGAAACUGCACCAUUUACUGCUGUAUUGAAAUAUGCUGCUGAGGAGUUUAAAGUAACAGCAGCUACAUCAGCUAUUAUAACUGAUGACGGAAUUGGUAUUAAUCCGCAACAAACUGCAGGUAACGUGUUUCUUAAACAUGGAUCUGAACUAAGAUUGAUUCCUAGAGACCGAGUUGGCGAAACUAGAUGAUUUAUAACAUCGAAUUGUAAUUGCACUUAAUUCUUUAUAUAAAAAAUUUAAAUAAUAACAAAUUGAAAUUCAGUUUAAUAUAUGAUAUCUAAAUGAAAGUAUAUGCACUGUUGAUAACAAUAAGUUUUACACGUAUUUAAGCAUAGAUAUGCAAUUAUGAAAACAUUCCAUCGUACCAUUUGUUUUUAAGAAUAUAAGUCAAUCCCUACAUAUAAAGAAUUACACACAAUGUUAUAUUAUAAAAUCGAAAAUAUAAAUGAAAUGAAAUGCUGAUCAUUAUUUCAAAUGUAAUUAACAGUUGUUACAAAUUCUAUGAGAUUUUAAUUAUAAUAAUGUAAAUAUAUAAACACAUUGUUUAAUUAAAGUGCAGAUAGGUCAA